CAGUUCUUUACAAAGUAAAUACAGCAAAAGCAUAAGAGAAACCACAAGAGCUGAAAAGAUGUAAGCAGUAGCGAUCGUUUGAAAUUAAUCGCUGUGACUGACCGCGUUAGCAGGAAACAUUUCACUGUACAACUACAACUAAUGACUUUGUUUCUGUUUCUUCGACUUCGCUGUUUGCAAAACAGAAAUUUGGGUGCUUUGCUAAUUUCUAUCAAGCAUUACAAACAUCAAAGGGAUAAACAUUGGAUUAAAUUUAUUUUUAGAUUAAUUAAUCUCAUAAGAAAUAUGAUGAAAAGAUAUCAUUUAACCAUUUACAGUGAUGGAUUUAAAUGCGUUGGCAUUUUUUGCCAACUCAAAAACCCGUUCUUAAUAAGUACUAAUUUACAUAAUUUUGAAACCAAAAUCAAUAUUUCUUUGAAUUAUAAUUACGAUUAAAUAGUGGUGAAGUUUUUGAAACAAAUUAUUAAAAUUAGUUCAUUUAAAUGCUUAAUCUUCAAAGGGUCACAAAACUUUAAGAGGUCAAAUGUUAAAAAUGCUUAAACAUUUUUUUGCAUUUUCUUUUAUAAAAGCUUUUUAAAAGCUAUAGCGGCAGAGUAGUUUUAAAAUGUCUAAGAUUUUUACUUUUAUAAUUUUCUCAUUCAAAUACAUACUUAUUUAUAUGCACAUGAUUUGUAUUUUUAUUUUUUCAAUUAAAUUCAUCAACAUCAAUAAACAUUUUUUAGUAUUAAUAAAUAUACAUAUGUUUAUUUAUAUUUGUCUACGUAUGCUUUUCAUAUAACAUUUCGAAUCAACAGUUUUAUUUGAUUUACACUUUUUUUAAAGCUUUUUUUGUGUCUGAAAUGUAUUCACAUUUCAGUGAAGCUUUUGCAGCGAUACGUGUAUGUUUGUUGUCCUUAAUCGCAAUUAAAGUAAAAAAGGUAUUAAACAUGCAACAACUGAAAUGUAAAUGUACAUUAUAUUUUAUUAGGGCGGCCAAUAUGACGUUUAAAUUUUGAAAAAAUAAAUAAAACCAAAACAAAACAGCCAAAAUCUACUGUAGUAAAUCAAGCGGUAUAAUUUAUGUUAUGUUAAUAAUAAUCCAAAAUACUUAUUUUGGCAAAAAAAACUUUAAAUAUUCUUUGAAAUAUGUUUGUUGCCAAUGAUUCGAUACCGCCUUAAUGUAAAUAAAUAUAUACUACUAUAUGUUUUUGACUGAUUUAAGAGCAAUAUAUUUUUUUGUUGAUAUCUAACUUUUUAAAAGCACAUUUGAAGUUAAUAUUUUAUAAGAAUGCGUGUACUUUAGUUCCGAAAACAAUUUUAUCAAAUGGUGUUAAACAAAAACAAUUAAAUAUAAAUAUAAGAAUUAACAAAAUUGUUAAAAUUAAAAUAAUAAAAAAUAUAAUAAACAAAAUAAAUGUUUAAAUAAAAAAACGUUUAUAUUAUUAUAAAUAUACCCAAAUGUGUUUGCAUUAAAACGUGUAUAUGUGCUGUGUGUGCGAUUAAUAAGAAUAAGAGAUUUUUAUUUUGCCUAAAAAUAGGCAAUUCAAUUUUUGUUUGUUAACUGUUUUGUAAAAUCAAUAAGAUACAUACUGACACACAGUGUAUUUGGUAACACACAAAUGAUUAGUUUUGGCUCACAACCGAAAAAUAAAAAAGCAAAAUAUGACAUAUGUAUAAAAAAAUAUUAAACAUAAUUGAAUAGUUAUUUUUUGUAAAAAAUACAUACAAAAAUACAUUUGUAAAUGUAAUAUAUAGUUGUAUUGUUUAAUUUAGUUGUAUGUAUGUCUACGUCAAUGAUAUAAAGAGAGAUUGAGUAAAAAAUGUAGUUACUUUCAGUCUAAAAUUUUACGGCAUACCAGAAUUUUUACAUGCAAUAUUCCCAAAAUAACUAGUUUUAAAUUCAAUUACGAUAAGAUUCAUAAUAAAAUUAAGUCUACUUAGUCUUUAAAGUAAAAAUAAUUAAAUAUUCCGUAACAAAUUUGAAACAAUAUUUUGUUCCUUAGUGCAUAUGUGUCGUUACUAUGUGUUAUUUGUGUGUGAGUGGUAUUGACUGCUAAGUUCUAAAACAAUGUUAAGGGUUAUUCGAUUAUUAACUGCAACUGCACACAUAAGUUCAAAUUGCACUGCUGUAGAAAAUUGUUGUAAAAUUUAGUAUAUUAAAACGAUUUUAUUUUUUAUUUUUUUUAUUCAGAAUUGGUUGACCAUUUUCUUACCAUCUACUAAAAAAAGCAAUGCUUUGCUGCAUGAAAAUUUGCCGCCAAAAAGUUUAGUUUUAAAAUAUAAAUUAAAGUUUAAAGUUUUAUCAAUAAGUAUUUAGUAUAUUCUGUAGUUUCCCAGUUUAUCAAAAGAUCAGUCCCAUACAUAAAAUUGAAAAAUUUGAUAAACCGAACAACAACUUUAUUUUGAUUGUUGUGAAAUUGUAAUAUUUGUUGUUGAAGAAUCUAGUUCCUUUUUCUGAAAAUUAAUUUUAUUUGCAAUUUUCACUGAUACAUCUUUUGAAUUGAAACUGUGAAUGAAUAAUGAAGUGUCCUUUCCAUGUUAGUUGUAAUUUUUAUCUAUGCAAAAAAUUUAUUAAGCAGUAAAGUUUAUUGGAGAGAAUAUUUUAUAAACAUUUGUCUAUACAAAAAUUUAAACAUUUUUCUAAAAAUUUAUACAAACAGUUUGUUGGCAGCUCUGCUAACAAAAUAAAUAGGGAGAAAGAGAAAUUCACACCAAAAAGCUUUUUAACUGUUGAAGUUUUCUGCGCAUGCAUGGAGAGUUGCCAGACGGUGAAUAUAUACCAAAAAGUAACAGUAAAUAUUUUAACAUUUGUUCAUUUCAAGAACCCCAAAAUGGAAGUACAGGUCGGGGAUUCGAACGAAUAUACAAAACUAAAACUUGAAUCUGACCCUGGGGAUAAACAAAGAAAUAUUUUGUUGUAAAAAAUUCUAUGGGGCUAAAACAAUUAAAACAUAGAAGAAUUUUUGUAAUAUUUAUUUUUAUAUAACCAAAGAUUACAUGCAGAAUCGCCCAGACCAAACCGUUAAAGUGAUGUUCUUAAUUCCAAAUAACCCAAACUUUUUAUAUUAUUUAAUUAUAUUAAUUAAUUAAUGCCAAAAAUUUCACAAAAUUAUGAGAUAAAAUUUUUGGACUUAUAGAAUUUAGUUGUUUAAGUAAAUUGAGAUAUGACUGGAACGGAAACAUAAUUUAGCAUAUUUCAAGAAUUUUUUUCUCAUGAUAAAAAAUUUAAUUAUAAGGAAAUGGUAUUAAUUUUUCCAUCCCUGCUAAAGAUUUAUCAGGAGACUUUUUGUUACAUGACAUUUAUACUCUCAAUUGUUUCCCCAUAAUCUAUAUGUAUGUCCACUUUCACAGUUGUAUAAAUUAUAGUACAUUUUGUAAAAUUUUAUGGUACUAAUAACGAAGAGUUGUCGAAUAAAAAUAAUUAAAAAAUCUUAACAAAUUUUAGGGCAGUUUCAUUAGCUUAUAAUUCAAAACUUUUAAUUUGCUUACAAUACAAUGGGUAUUAGCAAAUGAUACAAGUUUAUUCAUUGUUUGUAACCAAAAACUGUGAUGGCCAUUUAAGAUGUGCAUAAUUAUAUACAUAGAUUCAUUAUUUUUAUUGUUGCUGUUUUCCAAAGGUGUCUUAAAUUGUUUGUUAUUUUCCGUUUCCUUCUCAAUAAUUUUUGACAGAUAGGAAAAAAUAUGUUAAACUUUUAUAAAAAAUACACUGUGAGAGUAUGAGAUAAAUAGUUUGUAUGUGUGUUGAUAAGGGAGAAAGAGCGAGAGAUACAGAAAGAGUAUAAAAUACGGCAGAAAAGUGAAUACUCACUUAGCACACAAUAAACACAUUUACUGGACAUAUUAAAAUGAUGAUAGAUGGAUAAAUUAUUUUUAUUUAAUAUGUUUCAUUUUUCUGUCUUAAUUACACCUGCACUUGUUGUUUUACUUUUUUCAAUAUGGGAAUGUCUGUGUAUAAGUUUGUGUUUGAGUAAGUGUGCGAAUAUAUAUUUUUUUGAUGAUUGCGAAUGAGUGUAUAUGAGUGUACUAAGCCUGCAAUACACAAAAAAAAACGAUUGUUAUUUAUAGAAAACUCAUUGGAAAGUGAUAACAAUUAAAUAAAUUAUUUGCUCAAACAAAUAUAAAAAAUAAAACAUUCAAAUAAUUUAUAAAACAUACAAACAUUUUAUGUAAAACAGUAAAGAUGCAGUGAAAACAAAUAAAGUGUCAACAUUUUAAUCGCCUUUAAGGCGUGGCAUUAUGCAAAUAAAUAAAUUAAAUUAAAACAAACAUUACUUGACAGGACAAUCAUAAAAAUUAAAAAAUUAAAGUAAUUAUAUUAAAAAAGCGGUAAAGCUAGAAACAAAAAUAAAUUGUGUGAGCGUUUAUCACUGAAGCAACCAAAACCUGUAGCUGAAUUACACAGGGUAGUAAAUAUAAAAGGAAAAUGUUUUCAGUUGCAUAUAAUUUAUGUAUGUGGUAGUGUGUUAUGGAAGAAAAUAUGCAACGUUUUUUAAAAGGUCUCUAAAAAUUGAAGGUUACUAGUAGUACAGAUGACUACUGUUAAUGUAGAACAUGAUGAUGUUAAUAAAUCUGAAGCAAUAGAUUUGGAUUUAAAAAAUAUUGCUGCAAAACAACAGGUUGAGCGGCUGAUGCCUCCUCCCUCUUUCAGUUCCAUAGAGUUCUUAACGUCCUUGCCACCAACAUCUACAACAGCAGAAACAACAAGCUUAUCUAACGGCUCUGCAUCUUUAACUAGCCAUUGUCAUUCGAAUUUAUAUAAUAUUCUUCAGAAUAACUCAAAAUCCAGCCCUCUGUAUUCUUUUUUGACGUCACAGGUGGGUUGCAACGAUUUUUCUGGUUAUUUUUCGGGACUUUCAAAAAUACAUAAUACAACAACAUCCUCCGUAACGACAUCGUGGCCCUUGUCAUCUUCAAACUUGAAGUCUACAUUUUCCUCACAAACUAACCAAAAUAUUUUUGGCACAUCAAAUGGCGACUCUUUGUCUGCCAUGGCAGUUGCUAUAACUGAAGAUUCGCCUCUAGAUGUUGGUAUUGAUAGUUAUCGAAAAGAUUCACCCCCGGAAAUUAAUUUGGAAACCGAAGAAAACAUAGAGCAUAUGCUGGAAGAUGUUGUAGAAAAAGAAAGGGAAAAAUCCAACGAAGAAAUCAAUGAAACGAAUAUUGUACCAGUAAUAACGGAUAACUCAACAUGCAUUCCAAACACAUCCGCAUCGCAAGAUGGUCUUAAAAGUACCGUUAAUCGCACGAAAAGUCGUAGUUUAUUGCAUCGUUUGGCCUCAUUUGCGGCAGCUGCAAGUAAUAGCACAAAUUUCACAGUCAACACCCCCUCUCCCUGUGCCCCAAGUCGCCAGUUGGAGAAACUUGCUAAAAGAUCAUUUCGUCUCAGUUCCUCAGGUUUAAAACAAACUUCACUUUUAAUGGAGAUUCUUAAACUUAACACUAUAACAGAUGAGCAACAGCAGCAGCAAAAGCAGUUGACAGAUAAAGAGACAAGCAGAUCUAGCCUAUCGGCAGCCUAUCAUAUGUUGGCUUCUCAGCUGCUCUAUUCUCAGUUAGUUCAGCAAUCAUCUUCAACUUCACCUCUUCUUAUAUUAGAUUACAGUUCAAAAGCCAACAACAACAAUGAUGAAAAUUAUGAACACAUGGACGAAAUUGUACAGACUAAUGAUCAUCAGCAUGAAAAACAUGAGGAGACUGCAGUCGCAGUUGAAAACGACAACAACGACUUGGACUUAGAUGUCAAUAACGUAAAAACUGAGAAAAUUCCUAUAAACGAAACAUAUCUCAAGGUUCAACCGGCAUCACCUGCGUUAUCUUUUCUUGCCAACUCAUCUGUUUUUGAUGAUGUCGGCAGUAGCAAGAUCUUAGAUUUAUGGCAUGAACAGUUGAAGAUUUUAACUCAAGCCCACAUAUGUCUAGAACAAUUUUUGGAAAUAAAUCAAGAAAUGCAGGUUGUUUUUGAGACCCCCGCACUUCAAAAACCAAAUGGCAGCCAAGUCUGUAAUAAUUUGAAAGAUCAAAAGGGAUUUAUAGAGGCCAUUAUGGCAAAAUUGCACUAUGUUUUUAGGCAUUGUGAAGACUCACGGCAGUUAUAUUUAAGAACUAGUCAAGUAUCGGAAGAAGAUUCUAUAUCGGUAUCGCCUGCAAAUCAUCUCAAGUAUUUAUUGGAAGAUAUAUCUACACCAGACAUGAAACCCAAGGCUCAAGCAAAAACAGUUGACAGAAUUGAAUCGCAUGCUUCGUCUAUAAAGCGGGAACCAAAUGAUAUGAACGGUAAAGUGGAUACUGAAUCCAAAAACAAUAUUUUUAAAACUGUUUGGCAACCAUUCGCCAAUGAAACUCAACAAGAAGAAAUACAAAAAGAGAGUGAAACCAAACAUAGCAAAGAAGAGCUUGGCACUGGACAAUCAGAAAUCAAAUCACCCAUUUGCUUUUGGCACCCUAAAAACCUUGGCAUGAAUCGGAAUGAAAAGGCAGUAACAGCAGUUGAAAUAAUAUUAGAGUGUGCAGCACUUAACAAAACUGCGGGAUCAGAAGCAAACGCUACGUUAAAUUCACAAAAUAAAUCAAUGGAUACGGUCAACUCUACUAAUCCAUCACCAGUGCCGCAAACAAUUGCAACAUCAACACCAACCUCAACUUUGAAUUCUUGUAAUUCACCAUUUCUACAAACAACAUCUGCAUCAUCAUCUUCGUCAAAUAACUCGAUAAGUUCCAACCACCCGGAUGAAGCGCCAGCUUUAAAUAUGCUCAUGACAGAUUGUGGAACAUCUUCGUUUCUAACGGCUCUCAGUAAUCGAGCUCUUAUAAAUCUAGCAUCAAGUUCUUCGACUAUUGCAGCUAAUAUACCACCGAUUACCACCACCAGCCCCAGCUGUAAUCGACGUAAAACAAAGAAGCUAGAGACCAACACCAAUAAUAAUAGUACACUACCCACCUCUGUUGCCGGAUUAAAUACAACCUCGCCCUCCUAUGCUACAAGUCCGCCCAUUACAAAUGCCCAAAUAUAUGGUACACAUUCUACAUCAACAGCCGCUGCUGUAGCUGCUCUACAGGAAAAAGCUUUAAGUGAUAUGUUUAAAGUUCGCUUCAGUGCUUUAACUGCUGCAGCUGUAAUUAAUGCUGCUACAGCAUCAGCUAAUGCAGCAGCGACAGUUGCCACCACCUCCACAACUAAUAAUACCAAUAACUUGACGAACUCAGCGAUGAAUUCUGAAGGACCAUAUGAUCUCAGCAUUGGCAACAAAUUUAAGAAGAUGAAUCUGGAUAACAAAAAUUCAUCAAAUUUACAGGGAAACGAUAACUGUAAGGAUAACUCAUCUGAAAAAAAGAAACCACAUAUCAAAAAGCCUUUGAAUGCCUUUAUGUUAUACAUGAAGGAAAUGCGUGCCAAAGUAGUAGCAGAGUGCACAUUAAAGGAAUCAGCUGCCAUUAAUCAAAUUUUGGGUAGACGGUGGCAUGCAUUGGGUCGGGAAGAACAAGCCAAGUAUUAUGAAUUGGCACGUCGAGAACGUCAAUUGCAUAUGCAAAUGUAUCCCGAUUGGAGCUCACGGACUAAUGCGUCACGAGGGAAGAAACGCAAGCGAAAACAAGACAACAAUGCAGACGGAGAUUUAGGCAAUAAUAUGAAGAAAUGUCGAGCUCGGUUCGGUUUGGAUCAACAAAAUCAGUGGUGUAAGCCUUGCAGUCCAAGUUUAAGCGCCUUGACAAAUUCCGGAAAUGUGAGCAGUGGAGUUGGGGGUGUGAGUGUGGGAAUGAGCUCUAGCUCUAUGAUCAAUACGGUUGUGACAGGUAUUGGGGGCACUGUAAUGCUGCCAAAUUCAUCCUCUUCAUCCUCGUCAUCAUCAUCUACGUCAUCGUCCAACCACAUGCACUUGCUGAAUACAGCAGUAGUCGGUGGAUCUGGAGGAUCAAAUUCACAAUGCAGUACAAAUGGCACAAAUAAUAAUAACAAUAAUAAUAGUAACAACGCCAGCUUAAAUCAAACACACUUGCAUCCGAAUAACACUGGAGGUCUUAAUUCAAAUGGUACAUCGAAUUUAAGUGGUAGUAAUUGUGGUGCUAAUGUUGUUGGUGGCGCCGGUGGUCCUCAGCAAGCAUCUCCCCAAGCUCCACCCACAUACGUGAACUUGUAAUCUAUCAAAUAUCUACCGUUGUACACCUGUUUGGCACAAGUCACACCAAUCAAUUGCAGCGAACGUCCCAUUUAUUAAAAGUAUAUUUAAACGCAUCUCCUUCCAUAGAAACAACAACUACAACAAAUUUGUGAAAAAAUAAAGAAAUUGAAUCCCCUACACUCCUCCUACUCCUCGAAAUUGUACCGAUCGUUUUGUUUUGUUAUUAAACAAAAAAAUAUCUAAAAUAUUCGAGUACUUCAGAAGCAGCGCGUUCAAUCUACGUGUUUCAUUGUUAUC